CCGCAUACAUUAAAAUAUGUGGCAAUCUGUUUUAAAUAAUAUUGGGUUAGGAUCACCCGAAGAUUAUGUUCAACCUCGUUUAUCUAUAGGAAAUACUGUAGCAAAUCAAGAAUUAUCUAUAGGACAUUUUACAGUGCAAGUGGAUGCUCAAGCAUUGGCUUUGAUUAUUAGAAACAUGCAUGGACGUAUUAUUUGGAAAUCUCUUCAUAAUCAACCUUUUCUUUCUUUUACUGUUGGCAAAGACAAGAUAACGAAUGGUGAUAAUGGAGUAUUUAAAGUGACAGAAAUAGAUGAAAGGUCAACACGUCUUCAAACAAUUACAAAAAUAGUUCGAGAAAAUGAUUCAACUAUUAAAAUUUAUGGUGGUCUUGGUAUCAAGCUUGUUCCUACAACUCAUAUGGAUUAUGUCUUUACUCUUGAAGCUAUAUCAAACCGUCAGCUUCGAUUCUCGGUAGAAAUCUUACAUCGUGAUCCUAUUAUGGAGGAUUUCAAUCGAAUUCUCUUGACUUAUGAAAGUAGAGCGGAUGAACACUUUUAUGGUUUUGGUGAACAAUUUUCAUUUGCUUCCUUGAAGGGUCAAAAAGUUCCAAUUCUUGUUCGAGAGCAAGGUGCUGGACGUGGUGCACCUGCAACUUCUUCACUUAAAGAAGCUGCAUUCAGUAUUUUAGGUACUUACGGUCUAACGGAUAAUUUUGCUACGUAUGCAUCUGUUCCACAGUAUAUUUCAAGUGAUAUUCGCUCUUUAUUCCUGGAGAAUUCUGAAUACAUGAGUUUUGACAUGACACGGCCAGAUCGUGUCACUAUUCGUUUAGAAUCCAAUAAAAUGAAAGGUCGAAUUUUGGAUGGUAAAACAAUGCUUGACCUUUUGUCAGAGUAUACUUCUUAUUCGGGCAGAAUGCUGCGUUUACCAGAUUGGGUCUCUGAAGGUGUCAUUGCCGGUAUUCAAGGAGGAAAAGAAAAAAUAAAGGAUAUCAUUCAACAUUUACAUGAACACAGUAUUCCUAUUGCAGCUAUUUUCAUUCAAGAUUGGACAGGUCAACGUUUACAGGAUGCAGGAAAGGGUAUGCAAUUCACACGUCAUUGGUGGAAUUGGGAAAGUGACGAUGAUCUUUAUCCUGAUUGGGAGGAGUUUGUACAUGAAUUAAUAAAGAGUGGGAAAGACGAAAGGAAAGUUCGUGUCUUGACUUAUGUCAAUCCACUCUUAUCAAAUGUGAGCAUAAAGCCUCGUUAUAAGAGAAAUUUAUUUGUUGAAGCUCGAGAAAAGGGCUAUUUGGUGAAGACCAUAAAGCCCGCAUCUUCCGAAUAUCAUCAAGAAGAAGAAACCUUAUCUAUUCGAUUUGGAUUAGAUUUAGAAGCUGGCAUCCUGGAUUUAACAAAUCCUGAAGCACGUACAUGGUUUAAGCAAAUUUUAAAGGACCAAGUCUGGAACUCUGGGAUUUCAGGUAUGAUGGUUGAUUUUGGCGAACAUUUACCAUAUGAUGAUCAAAAAAUCGUAUUACACUCGGGAGAAAUAGCAUCUACUCAUCAUAAUCAUUAUCCAGAAGAGUGGGCUCAACUACAUCAAGAAGUCAUAAUUGAACUUGGAAAAGAAAAUGAAGCUGUAUGUUUCUUUCGCUCUGGUUUUACACAGUCUCCUGGACAUAUGAAUUUAUUUUGGGCAGGAGACCAGAAUGUUACUUGGGAUCAGCAUUAUGGAAUUAAAAGUGCAGUGAUAGGCAUGCUUUCUGGUGGAUUCUCUGGAUUUUCAAUUACACAUUGUGAUAUAGGCGGUUAUAAUACUUUAUCAACCUCUAUUCCAGGCAUGAGUAUGAUUCGUAUGAGGGAGCUACUCUAUAGGUGGAUGGAACUUGCUGUAUUUACAGCAGCAUUCAGAACCUCUGAAGGUAUCAUUCCUUCAUUAAAUGCUCAGUUUUAUGAUGAUGAUGAGUCUUAUGAGCAUUUUGCACAUACUGCAAAAUUAUUUAUCGUGAUUUCAAAAUACCGAAAGAUGGUCCUUGAAGAAGCUUAUGAAAAAGGAUGGCCACUUUUACGUCACCCGGUAUUUUAUUACCCAAAUGACAGUAUCGUUCGUGAAUUGACAUAUCAGCAAUUUAUGGUGGGCAGUUCAAUGAUGGUAGCACCCGUACUUGCUCCAUCUACAGCUUAUGUCAAAGUGUAUUUCCCUAAAGACGCUCAGAGAAUUAGUUGGCGUCAUAUUUGGACUGGUAGGUACUAUGCUGGUGAUGGUACUUAUAAGACAGUAGAUGCUCCUAUUGGACAACCUGCUAUUUUCAUAAAGGAGCCAAGAGACGAUGAUGGUUUACUUAAUGAUCUAUUAGAAUAUGCAACAACUUAUUAUCAGAGAAAGGCUAAACCUGUUAGCAGAUAAGCAAGUAGAGCCUAUUUUAUUUUCUACUAGCAGUACAUCUUUUAUUUAUGAAUGCUCUUUUUUAUUUUUUAUUUAUUUUAUUUUAUUUUAUUUUAU